UUCAUCAACAAAGCGGAAAUUCGUGGUAACAGAACCGUGAAUUUUUUUCCGCUUUCUCUGAAUAUUAUCUCAAAACACAUACCAAUAUUUGUUCAUCAAAGCUGCAAGCUUUGAAAGGUAGAGCAAUGAGGUACUUUACCCUACUUUGCUAUUUCCUGGUGGCUUGCGGCGAAGUGCUUCUAGCAGAUAAAAUCACUGCAGACGAACUCCAUAAAAGAGGUACGGGGUCAAAAUGUACUUUUCAGUUUUAAAAGCAUUUUUAAAAGCUUUUUACUGAUCUCUCGAACACAGUUUAGCAGACGUAUUAGAGACAUUGUUCAACUGCAAAGGUCACUCCGUCAUGUCACAAAAAAGUAAACGAAGUUGUUUUUGGUAAGUUAAGUGUUUUCCUUGCACUUGUCAAGAGUAAAUUGGCAUUUGGUGGUAUUUGAAUUGCAAGUAUAUUUGCGGUUUCGACAGAUCUGGUUGUUAGGAGAAGAGUGAGUGUUCGGGUUACAGUACGCUUAAGACUGAUAAGUCUCAUAGUGGACACCUGCCCUCAGGGAGUGGUUGAGAUUCUAGUCAAGUUUUGAUUACCGAUCACACUUGAUUUGGUUCUUUAAGCUAUAUAAAAAACGAAGGGACAAAUACUGCGGCUUAUAAACUUGCCAUAUAAACUUGCCAUUGAAAUCCUCAAUCUAGUCACUGCUUAGCUCAAGAACAUUGUAGCUGACAUGGCCGUCGUUGUUGGUGAGCUGUAAGUGCUUAAUAGCUCAUAUUCUGCAAUUUUUUUCUAUCAGCUUUCUUUGGAGUAAAAAUGCGACGAUUUAAAUCAGAUAAAAGAUUGUAAAGUAAAUUUCUGGCAAAGAAUUAAUGCACGAGGUUGAAAGUUCUAGAUCGUGACAACAAUGCAGGAUUUUUUUCCCCGAUUGGAACAAUGCAUGAUUGCUAGAAGGUUAAAGUUUACCCAAAUCAAUCAAUGUUCACAUAACUUAGGGAAUGAUGUUGCGCAUAAGUUACUGCCUUAAAAGUAACAUUUAAUUUACUGAGCCGUGCUACAAGCUCAUAAAGAAGACUGAAACUUAAAAAAGUAGUGGUAAGCAAACGAGGGAAAUUUCCAAUACGCUACUGAAAACUAUAACCCUGUUUACAAUGUAAAGUAUAGUUCUUGGACCGGCACUGAGACAAUACCGGAUAGGGCUUCUGUUGACACAUGAGAACGGCUUUUUUGGCGCGAUUUCUGUAACGGAGGAAAGCUGCGCUGAUCAAGAAAGUGGAAUUUUCUGUGCCACGCUUUGAUGAGUGUGAAAGGGAAUUCGGACCGUUGUGGAUGUGAAUGAAUAAGAGCGAGGAUUGGAAUCCACUAAGGACUAGGAUUUACUUCCCCAAGCCCUCUUAACCAACUACUCCGACACGAUGUUUAACCUGAGAUCAGCUUUUACUUUUUUCUGACUCCAUUGUUUUUCAUUGCUUUUGAGUAACCGGUUCAUUCUACAGCCAGAACACGUAUUUGCCAGUAAAUCAAAGGCGACUCAGCUCUAACCCUUAAUCAUAAUGAUUGCAGAAGAAUUCAACUUGUUGGUGCACAACAACUCAAUUCAACGUGUCAAUCUUGAGGCUUCUUAGUAAUUUCAACGUUUAAAGAAACGUAUUUGAGGCAUAAAAAGCGAUAUUCGAAUAUUGGAGCACGUACGUGAAACAAAUUCGUUUAACGUCUCGCUUGAUUGUACAUAUAUAAUCAAAUAGUAAUCACGGCCUAUAACGAUCUGUUAACUAUGACUUAGACCUUUAAGGGUGGAUCGACUUUUUAAGUAGGCACUUAAUUUCACUUUUAAAUCCAGUACUGGGCAUUAACGACGUCAAAGAAAUCGCACGUUUUCGACUCUUUUUAAGCCAACAUUUUCUUGUGUGAUAUUUUACACGUUUUGUUUUAAAAUGUGCUCCGAUCAGAACUUUAUGUUUUACUCUGAACAAACCGCCUGGCGGUAAGAUUUAAAGGCUGAUUUAAAGCUGUAUAUAGAUUUCACUUUAUACUAAAAUCAAGUCAGUAAAGCCUAUACCAAGACUUGUUCAGUUACAAUUAGCUUGAUCCACACUCCUCGAUCUCCACGUUUCACAGGUCCAAUGCUGCUGUUCCAACUGCAUUUGAACAAUAUGGUUGGCUUAACACAUUUAAGGCAAGAUGCUGCACUCAGUGCAACGCAUCUUGAUCAAAUUUUGUUCAUGCGUUUAUUUUCCAGCCGAUUGUUUGGCUUCACUAAAGGAAUACCAAUACUAUAACCAAUGCGGUCUUCGUCUUGCUUACCUCAACAUGCAAAGCAGCUACGUGUCUUGGGCUUGUUUUAACCGUUCAUUUAACAAAGCGGAAAUUCGUGGUAACAGAACCGUGACUUUCUCUCCGCUUUCUCUGAAUAUAAUCUCAAAACACAUACCAAUACUUGUUCAUCAAAGCUGCAAGCUUUNUAGAUUUCACUUUAUACUAAAAUCAAGUCAGUAAAGCCUAUACCAAGACUUGUUCAGUUACAAUUAGCUUGAUCCACACUCCUCGAUCUCCACGUUUCACAGGUCCAAUGCUGCUGUUCCAACUGCAUUUGAACAAUAUGGUUGGCUUAACACAUUUAAGGCAAGAUGCUGCACUCAGUGCAACGCAUCUUGAUCAAAUUUUGUUCAUGCGUUUAUUUUCCAGCCGAUUGUUUGGCUUCACUAAAGGAAUACCAAUACUAUAACCAAUGCGGUCUUCGUCUUGCUUACCUCAACAUGCAAAGCAGCUACGUGUCUUGGGCUUGUUUUAACCGUUCAUUUAACAAAGCGGAAAUUCGUGGUAACAGAACCGUGACUUUCUCUCCGCUUUCUCUGAAUAUAAUCUCAAAACACAUACCAAUACUUGUUCAUCAAAGCUGCAAGCUUUGAGAGGUAGAGCCAUGAGGUACUGUAUCCUACUUUGCUAUUUCCUUGUGGCUUGCGCUGAAGUGCUUCUAGGAGAUGAAAUCACCGCAGACAAACUCCAUAAAAGAGGUACGGGGUCAAAAUGUACUUUUUCAGUUUAAAAUUUUAAUACCAUUUUUAAAGAAUUUUACUGAUGUCGGACACGAUUUAGUAUGAGACACGUUGUUCAAUUGCAAAGGUUUCUCUGUCAUGUGACAAAAAAGGUAAACGAAGUUGUUUUUGGCAAGUUAAGUGUUUUCCUUGCACUUGUCGAGAGCAAAUUGGCAUAUGGCGAGGUUUGAAUUGCAGGUACCUUUGCGGUUACGACAGAUCUAGUUGUUAGGAUAAGAGUGAGUGUCAGGGUUUAAUACAGUACACCUAAGACUGACAAGUCUCAUAGUGAACACCUUCCCUCUGGGAGUGGUUAAAGAUUUUAGUCAAGUUUUGAUUACCGAUCACCACUGAUUUGGUUCUUUAAGAUAUAUGGAAGCCGAGGUGACUGGUUUGUGCGUCCCUCUUUUAAAAAUAUUGCGGUCGGAAUGAACUUUGGCAAUAAUUAUAUAAACUCGCCAUUGAAAUCCUCAAUCUGGUCAAUGCUUAGCUCAAGAACAUUGUAGCUGACAUGGGCUCGUUGUUGGCGAGCUGUAAGUGCUUAAUAGCUCAUCAGAUUCUGCAAUUUGUCUAUAUCAGCUUUCCUUGGAGUAAAAAAAGCCUUAAAUCCGAUAAAAGAUUGUCAAGUAGAUUUCUGGCAAAGAAUUAAUGCACGAGGUUGAAAGUUCUAGACCGUGACAAUAAUGCAGGAAUUUUUUCCGCGAUUGGAACAAUGCAUGGUUGCUAGGAGGUUAAAGUUUAGCCAAAUCAGUUAUCUUAAAUGCGCAUAAGUUACAGCACUAAAAGUAAAAUUCCUUUUACUGUGCAGUGCUAUAGCAUAUGAAAAGAACUGAAACUGGAAAGUAGUGUUAGGCAAACGAGAGAAAUUUCCAAUACACUGAAAGCUAAGUCUAUAUUUACAAUAGAACGUAUAGUUCUUGGGUUGGCACGAAAAUCAUAUCGGAUAGGACUUCUAUUCACACUUAAGAACGGUUUUUUAGGCGCGAUUUCUGUAACGGAGGAAAGCUGCGCCGCGCGAGCGAGAGUGGAGUGUUCUGUGCAACGCUAUAGUGUUGUGUGAAAGGGAAUUCGGACCGUUGCGGAAGUGAAUAAAUAGGAGCGAGGACUGGAAUCCACUGACGACUGGGAUUUACUUCCCCAAGACCUCUCGGCCUACGGCACGAUGUUCGAUGUGUGUGAAGCAAUUUGUUCCAGUGCUGUGCCGUUGUGAUUCACACUAUGCCGGACAGCUUUUAGUAUCAUUCUGUGUAGUUGUUAUCUAGCUUAAAGGAGCGGGAGUAAAGUCACUCAUAAAGGUCCAAAAAAGAGUUGGAAUCGGGUGAUGAAUAGUUUAGUUUCUGGAAGCUAAGCGUACCUCUGUAACAUCCCUAGCUAUACGUUCCUGUAGGGCAGAUAGUUGUUCUUUCUGACCUUCUAAUCAUUCUAAUCUCUGAAACAGCGUAAAGCAAGCUAAUGGUUUAACACUUGUUCCUUUACAGUAUUGGAUCCAUGUGUGGGUUACAAGAUUUUGAACAGCAUUGAUCGUCGUGUGGGAUACACUGGUCAAAGCCCACUCGGAUGUGAUCAGCCUGGCCGAGGAUUUACCGAAGGCUGGUAUCGCUUCACUGGUGAAGCUGGUGUUAGGAUGCCCACCAAAUGCCCAGCUAAACGUCGCUGUGGUACGCAUGCUCCAGGGUGGUUGCAAGGGGGACAUCCUACCGUCGCUCAGGGUAUAGUGAGUAGGAAAGUUUGUUACCAUUGGUCAAGCAGUUGCUGUAACUGGAGUAAUGACAUUAAGGUCAAGAAUUGUGGAGCUUUUUACGUCUAUGAACUGAAGAGAACGCCCGUCUGUUCGCUUCGAUAUUGCGGUGAGUGUAAAAUUGACUUUCCUGAAAUCAUACACUUCAUACCUAGACUUUGAUAAUCUAUUUGCCUCGAAAGGAAUGAUAAUAACGGGCUUUUCGUUCUACUUUUCGUAAUACUAUGCUAAAAAAAUAAUGUCGCUCAGUUUGCCGGGAUCUAGGUGGUCAUUUACGGUCCUGGUAGAUUAAUUUUAUUUACCACUAGCAUCCUCUGAAAAGUCAUUUUCAUGUGUCCUGCAUUUUCGUAAAGUUUUUAAAGUUCUGCUACAUCGAGUAAUCCCAUGUUUCAUUGUCUGUGGCUUACCACUAUCCUUAAAGACAUUUACUGUGUUGAAGUCAAAACGAUUUGUUUUCAGGAAUACCUAAUGAAUGCGAGGUCUACACCUCAAUCAACGAACCUGAACGCCGAAUGGGUAACCCCAACCAAAACAAUCUGCAAUGCGAUCGAAAUUUCAUCGUGGACGGAAGAUGGUAUCGCUUCAUUGGCAACAGCGGUUCUCAAAUACCAGAAAAUUGUGUUCCCGUGAGAAGAUGCGGAACACAUGCUCCUGGUUGGCUAAGCGGGGCCCAUCCAAAACUCCAAGAUGGUCUUGUUGGUCGAAAAGUUUGUUAUCACUGGUCAAACAAGUGCUGCAAUUGGCAUAACGACAUCAAGGUUCGAAGCUGUGGUACUUUUUUCGUUUAUCAGUUAAAAAGGCCUCCAACAUGCACGUUACGUUACUGUGGCAACAAUAACGCAGGUAAGUGUAAUGUGCUGUAGCUGAUCUAUUUUAGUCUUAUUCUUAUUCAUGAAAUCUUGCUCUGGCUGCUCACCUCUACAGUUGAUUUUGUUGUCCUAUCAAAAAGUUCUUGAGCUGGCAAGAAACCUCGUAGAGUUUUGGGUAAUUAACCUGGACGGACAGCUAAAUUGGACAAACUAUUCACGUUCGAAUACAAUUGCAAGCAAAGUUUACCACUGAAAAAAAACCGGGGACAUUUAUGUUUAGUGAGCCAAUUUCAGAAACAUCCAGGUCCACGCUUAUGAUGAUUAUCUGCAAAUGUAUUUCUGGGAUAUAAUAAAAAGAGGCGAAAAAUAGGCAUAUAGUCCAGGGUUUAGGAUCCUGGGCGGCAAACACCUUUCCCAACUUUUAUGGGAGUAUCUUCGGGACAUUUAAUGAUUUGUUUGAUGUGCUUCGCUUGCUUUUUAGGAGCGCCUACCACACUGCCACCACCAACAACAACACAAGGUAUGCAUGUACAAAUCCACUAAAAAGAUAUGACGAUUUUUUGUUAUUACUUUAGAACGCUAAACACAAGUUAGAAUGAAAGGAAUUCCCAGAAAUGUAAUAGUUAAGGCCUAUUUAAUUCUACUAUGCAUCAACUAUCGGUGUAUGACGUUAGCAUUCAAUGACCUUGGUGGAAACGAUUUGCAAGUUGAGAAGAUUGAGCCAUAUUAUUCAAGUUUAACCCUGUUGUGUCAACAAAUGAAAAAAAAUGAAUAUAUGCUUUGGUUUUCCUUUGAUAUAAUCAUCUGAUAUCUUUCCUUACGAGUUCCAUUCCCCAAUCCGUUAGUUUAGCGUAAUAAACCAAAAAUUGUGGAAAUCACUAUGAUAUAGCCCCUUUAAGAAAUAUUUUCUUCCUUUUAUUGAUUUUUGAUACAAAAUCCACAUCAUAUCAAGAUGGAUCUACGUUUAUAUCGCUACAGUCACCAUGAAUGCGUUUUACCAUCAAUAAGAAAUAUUGUAAUCAAUAAUCGUUCUUAAUUUCUUUCAAGCGCCUGCCCCAUGUAACAGUUACAAGCUUCUAAACAACAUUAACCGUCGUGUGGGAUACACUGGUCAAAGCCCAAUCGGAUGUGAUCAGCCUGGUCGUGGGUUCACCGAGGGCUGGUAUCGCUUCACUGGUGCAGCUGGUGUUAGGAUGCCCACUAAANUACAAUAAAAAUUCAAAACACUACAUAUUAUAUAUACAUAUCAAAUUAAGUUAAGAUUAGCACCUCUAGGAAUAAAUGAUUGUUUGUGCCUAACAGUGCGUGAUACAGGUAUUCUGAGGUACGCUGGGUUAGUCUUACAAGAUCUUAGAUUAUGGCCAUGAUCCACUGGCUUUUCAGUCACCAUGAAUGCGUUUUACCAUCAAUAAGAAAUAUUGUAAUCAAUAAUCGUUUUUAAUUUCUUUCAAGCGCCUGACCCAUGUAACAGUUACAAGCUUCUAAACAACGUUAACCGUCGUGUGGGAUACACUGGUCAAAGCCCACUCGGAUGUGAUCAGCCUGGCCGUGGAUUCACCGAAGGCUGGUAUCGCUUCUCUGGUGCAGCUGGUGUUAGGAUGCCCACUAAAUGCCCCGCUAAACGUCGCUGCGGUACGCAUGCCCCAGGGUGGUUGCAAGGAGGUCAUCCUACCGUAGCUCAGGGUAUAGUGAGUCGUAAAGUUUGUUAUCAUUGGUCAAGCGGCUGCUGUCAAUGGAGUAAUAACAUCAGAGUCAGGAAUUGUGGAGCUUUUUACGUCUAUGAACUGAAGAGGACGCCUGCCUGUUCACUUCGAUACUGCGGUGAGCUUAAAUCCUUACCCAAAUCAUUUUCAGAUAUUUCUUUCUUUCUUCCGCCAAACUUUGGCAUAUUUCGAAACUGAUCUUCUGCCUCGAUAACAAGAAAUUCCCCGAAAAUUCUUCAGAAAAUCUGUAUCCUUUCCAGCCACUUUAAAUUACACUUCAUAGAUGUUUUUAUGUAAGUCCUAGCCGAGCCGAUAAGUAGUGUUUAUGAAAAAUUUUCUUCCAAUUGAAUUCAAACUGAUUUGCUUGCAGGAAUACCCAAUGAAUGCGAGGACUAUGAAACGCUCAACCAACCUGACCGGGCAAUGGGCAAUACCGACCAGAGCAGACUGCGAUGCGAUCAAAGAGCACCAGACAACAUCGUGGAUGGUAAAUGGCAUCGCCUGAUAGGCAACAGUGGUACUAAGAUUCCAGAAUCAUGUGUUCCCAUGAGAAGAUGCGGAACACAUGCUCCUGGCUGGCUUAACGGUACCCACCCGCAACUCCAGGAAGGUCAAGUGAAUCGUAAAGUUUGUUAUCAUUGGUCGAGCAGGUGCUGCAAUUGGCAAAACAACAUCAAGGUCCGAAGCUGUGGUGAUUUUUAUGUGUAUAACUUAAUCAAGCCUCCACAUUGUUGGCUGCGUUACUGUGGAGACAAUAAUACAGGUCAGUGCAAGACUCUGACACAUUUCUAUUUUAUUUGUUUAUCUAUUUAUUUUUACUAGCGUUCUCAGAUAUUUGAAGAACACAGCAGCAUGCGCCACCAUCAGUCUCUUGCCCAUGUAUACAUUUUUUCGUCAAUCAAUCUUAUUCUUUACAAAAGAAACUCGUGUGUUCAAUCAAGUAAUUAAGGAUAAACGGAUAAGGGUUAAAAUCCUCCUUAAAGUAGGAAAAUAGAUAAACAAUCUAAUUAAGUCACCUGUUUGAUUGUUUUUCUUUGUAGGGUCACCUAUUACAUCGCCCUCUCCAGCAACUACAAAAGGUAAAAAAGAAGAUCAAAAUGCAAUUGUCCUGUUCACAAAUCUUCGUACACUACAGCGCUUAUCUGUUUAUGGGCGGAGCUUUAUAUUCUUAUCCCAUAUUGGGUCCCUCUAUCACAAAGGACAAUGCAGCUCGUGUGGUCACUGAUUCGAGUAGAGUAGGAGGUUUUUGGUAUAAACAUACUGGCCUCUCCUUUUUCUUCAUUUAUAUUAUGAGUAUAAAAGCAUAGGAACAUCAGCCUAAACUUAUAGUGAAAGGAAAUUAACUUGAUAUCAAUCGAUCUUUAGGAAGUAUAUUUGUUGUUCGGGGACUCAGGACAGAUUGUUGAUAACUCUUGUAAUUACUCCUGUUUACGUAUCAUGAUGGUGUCCCUUUUUUCCAGACUAAGUACAUCCUUGUUAAAAGAAUGAAUUCUUCCUCUUCUGCUUCUCGCUAAAAUUAAAUGAGAUUUAUAUGUUUUUUUUAGUUUACGUAUUUUUGGGUACUAUCAAUAAAUAAUAACAAUAAUAGUAAUAAUAAUAAUAAUAAUAAUAAUAAUAAUAAUAAUAAUAAUAAUAAUAAUAAUAGUAAUAGUAAUAACAAUAAAACAACACUUAAAUAUCUUUCGUUUUGUUUUCUCCACAGCACCAACUACAACACCAGGUAUAAAAUGGUUCCAUACUUUCAGUUAUUGUGCUUUUCAGUAACACGCGAGUUGUAAACUUUAUACGCCAGCUUACAAUUGCCUUUUUCGCUCAGCUGUCAUUGCGGCAUAAUUACGAUCACAAGCUACGAACCUUAAAACACGACACAAAACGGAUGGAAAUCCACCAAUAACAAAUCAAAAACCAUGACCUCUUGAAAUCGUUGAAGUAAACCUUAAUUUGUUUUCUAUAAGGGCGCUAGAUGAUUAAUCGAGCAAAGAACACAAACGCAAGUUGGUUUUGAACUUCAGAGUUCGCGUGUUUGUAAAAAGCUCAGUAAAGGCAUUUAGUUUUAACUGACUAGUGUAAGUUCAUCUUAUCUAUCAAAUACGGGUUGCAGUCCUUGCACAAUAAACAUCAACACAUCCUUUUAAGUAAGUAGUUACUAAAAAAAUAUUCUUUUGAGCUUUGUCUUUCCCGAAGCUAAUGUUUUCAUGCGUUCUCUUUAGCACCGAAUCCAUGCAGCAACUAUCACGUUCUUGACGGUUUCAACCGUAGUGUGGCAAAUACAGAUCAAAGGAAUUUGAGAUGUGACCAGAGACACCUGCAUCCUUUGCCAGCUUGGUAUCGCUUCAGUGGCGAAGCUGGCGACAGACUGCCAACAUCCUGUGUACCAAAAUUACACUGUGGUACGCAUGCUCCGGGCUGGCUGAACGGUUCACACCCGUCAGUAAGAGAAGGCAUUGUCACUCGUCGAGUUUGCUAUCAUUGGGGUUCCAGAUGUUGCAACUGGAAAAACGAUAUUCAGAUCCAAAACUGUGGUGCCUUCUAUGUAUAUCGGUUAGUUAAGCCUCCCACGUGCUGGCUGCGUUACUGUGGUAACAAUGCAGGUGAGUUUUUUUGUUUUCGUCCCUUCUAGCUGUUAUCGGAAAAGGUCUUGAAUUUUAUUCCAACAUUCGUAGUGAGGGAAUUGAAUUAAGGGACAGAGCCAAGUGUUUCCAACUGCAAUGGUAAGAAGGUGUCCUUAUUGUUAAGGAAAGACAUUUGGUAUCUGUUGGGCCAAUCGAGCUUUCCGUACUGGUUUUUUUUGAGGGAUUUAGGUGCUAUUGCGUUCCUUGAAUAUACUCAUCUCAAUGUAAAUAAGCUUUUGAUAGGUAAUUUUACUGGCCUCAAAAUUAUAGAUAAUGAAUAGAAUGGUAUGUGGAGUGAGAAGAACUUGGAAAAUCUUAUUAGUUCCAAAUAGGAAUCAGUUAAACCUACGACAUUCAAGGCACUCUACCUUUCGAAAAAGUGCGAACUAUACUUUAAGGGAUUCCGAUAAUCUGCAUCCGCUUUUUGUAAAUGUAAAGUUUAUUCUUUUGACACUCAAUUCUGCAAAAGCAUCAAACCUGGAUAUCUUACGUCUGCAAUUCUUUUCAGGAACGCCUCCACCACCAACAACGACACCACCUCUACCAACAACAAGACCAGGUAUGAAAAACGUGAAAUGGUCUCACAGAAACAACAUUACACUUUGACAUAAAAAUUGUUGGUAAUGUAAAUUUACAUUAUCAUAAACGUAUUUGACAAACGCUUUAGAGGAACAAGCGUUGGCAUACGAUCAUUUUGUCUUCAGGUUUUGUUUUGUUGCAUUGCCUGGGGGAUCGGAGUUAGCGAGGUUCAGGGAGCAAUAAUGUCUUGUUGAGUUUGUUGCUGAGUUCCUCUUUGGUCCGAAAGAUUUUUUUGGAUAAUUCUUCGGAUUGAAAUUCUAUGUGGGAAAGUGUCUCCAGUUAGUGGGGGACACCAAAGAUUUCCACGCAGGUUUAUCAGUUCCUGAAAAUGUCAAGUGUCCCCAUCUCAAAAAAAAUCAAUGAAUUUAAUUUGUUUCGUUCUCGUUGAUUAGUUUAAUGCUGCCCAGGUUUAUUCAUUUUACUGCUUUUUUUUCUUCAAAAUAGCAUAUAUUAAUUGUAAUAAAAGUCUUGNUUUUUUUGUUUUCGUCCCUUCUAGCUGUUAUCGGAAAAGGUCUUGAAUUUUAUUCCAACAUUCGUAGUGAGGGAAUUGAAUUAAGGGACAGAGCCAAGUGUUUCCAACUGCAAUGGUAAGAAGGUGUCCUUAUUGUUAAGGAAAGACAUUUGGUAUCUGUUGGGCCAAUCGAGCUUUCCGUACUGGUUUUUUUUGAGGGAUUUAGGUGCUAUUGCGUUCCUUGAAUAUACUCAUCUCAAUGUAAAUAAGCUUUUGAUAGGUAAUUUUACUGGCCUCAAAAUUAUAGAUAAUGAAUAGAAUGGUAUGUGGAGUGAGAAGAACUUGGAAAAUCUUAUUAGUUCCAAAUAGGAAUCAGUUAAACCUACGACAUUCAAGGCACUCUACCUUUCGAAAAAGUGCGAACUAUACUUUAAGGGAUUCCGAUAAUCUGCAUCCGCUUUUUGUAAAUGUAAAGUUUAUUCUUUUGACACUCAAUUCUGCAAAAGCAUCAAACCUGGAUAUCUUACGUCUGCAAUUCUUUUCAGGAACGCCUCCACCACCAACAACGACACCACCUCUACCAACAACAAGACCAGGUAUGAAAAACGUGAAAUGGUCUCACAGAAACAACAUUACACUUUGACAUAAAAAUUGUUGGUAAUGUAAAUUUACAUUAUCAUAAACGUAUUUGACAAACGCUUUAGAGGAACAAGCGUUGGCAUACGAUCAUUUUGUCUUCAGGUUUUGUUUUGUUGCAUUGCCUGGGGGAUCGGAGUUAGCGAGGUUCAGGGAGCAAUAAUGUCUUGUUGAGUUUGUUGCUGAGUUCCUCUUUGGUCCGAAAGAUUUUUUUGGAUAAUUCUUCGGAUUGAAAUUCUAUGUGGGAAAGUGUCUCCAGUUAGUGGGGGACACCAAAGAUUUCCACGCAGGUUUAUCAGUUCCUGAAAAUGUCAAGUGUCCCCAUCUCAAAAAAAAUCAAUGAAUUUAAUUUGUUUCGUUCUCGUUGAUUAGUUUAAUGCUGCCCAGGUUUAUUCAUUUUACUGCUUUUUUUUCUUCAAAAUAGCAUAUAUUAAUUGUAAUAAAAGUCUUGUUGAAUUCUCCAUAAAGUGAGUUUAUAUCUCCACUUUCCCUUUUUAGCACCAAAUCCAUGCAGCAACUAUCACGUUCUUGACGGUUUCAACCGUAGCGUGGCAAAUAGAGAUCAAAAGAACUUGAGAUGUGACCAGAGACACCUGCAUCCUUUGCCAGCUUGGUAUCGCUUCAGUGGCGAAGCUGGCGACAGAAUGCCAACAUCCUGUGUCCCAAAAUUACGCUGUGGUACGCAUGCUCCGGGCUGGCUGAACGGUUCACACCCGUCAGUAAGAGAAGGCAUUGUCACUCGUCGAGUUUGCUAUCAUUGGGGUUCCAGAUGUUGCAACUGGAAAAACGAUAUUCAGAUCCAAAACUGUGGUGCCUUCUAUGUAUAUCGGUUAGUUAAGCCUCCCACGUGCUGGCUGCGUUACUGUGGUAACAAUGCAGGUGAGUUUUUUUUGUUUUCGUCCCUUCUAGCUGUUAUCGGAAAAGGUCUUGAAUUUUAUUCCAACAUUCGUAGUGAGGGAAUUGAAUUAAGGGACAGAGCCAAGUGUUUCCAACUGCAAUGGUAAGAAGGUGUCCUUAUUGUUAAGGAAAGACAUUUGGUAUCUGUUGGGCCAAUCGAGCUUUCCGUACUGGUUUUGUUUUUAGGGAUUUAGGUGCUAUUGCGUUCUUUGAAUAUACUCAUCUCAAUGUAAAUAAGCUUUUGAUAGGUAAUUUUACUGGCCUCAAAAUUAUAGAUAAUGAAUAGAAUGGUAUGUGGAGUGAGAAGAACUUGGAAAAUUUUGUUAGUUCCAAAUGGGAAUCAGUUAAACCUACGACAUUCAAGGCACUCUACCUUUCGAAAAAGUGCGAACUAUACUUUAAGGGAUUCCGAUAAUCUGCAUCCGCUUUUUGUAAAUGUAAAGUUUAUUCUUUUGACACUCAAUUCUGCAAAAGCAUCAAACCUGGAUAUCUUACGUCUGCAAUUCUUUUCAGGAACGCCUCCACCACCAACAACGACACCACCUCUACCAACAACAAGACCAGGUAUGAAAAACGUGAAAUGGUCUCACAGAAACAACAUUACACUUUGACAUAAAAAUUGUUGGUAAUGUAAAUUUACAUUAUCAUAAACGUAUUUGACAAACGCUUUAGAGGAACAAGCGUUGGCAUACGAUCAUUUUGUCUUCAGGUUUUGUUUUGUUGCAUUGCCUGGGGGAUCGGAGUUAGCGAGGUUCAGGGAGCAAUAAUGUCUUGUUGAGUUUGUUGCUGAGUUCCUCUUUGGUCCGAAAGAUUUUUUUGGAUAAUUCUUCGGAUUGAAAUUCUAUGUGGGAAAGUGUCUCCAGUUAGUGGGGGACACCAAAGAUUUCCACGCAGGUUUAUCAGUUCCUGAAAAUGUCAAGUGUCCCCAUCUCAAAAAAAAUCAAUGAAUUUAAUUUGUUUCGUUCUCGUUGAUUAGUUUAAUGCUGCCCAGGUUUAUUCAUUUUACUGCUUUUUUUUCUUCAAAAUAGCAUAUAUUAAUUGUAAUAAAAGUCUUGUUGAAUUCUCCAUAAAGUGAGUUUAUAUCUCCACUUUCCCUUUUUAGCACCAAAUCCAUGCAGCAACUAUCACGUUCUUGACGGUUUCAACCGUAGCGUGGCAAAUAGAGAUCAAAAGAACUUGAGAUGUGACCAGAGACACCUGCAUCCUUUGCCAGCUUGGUAUCGCUUCAGUGGCGAAGCUGGCGACAGAAUGCCAACAUCCUGUGUCCCAAAAUUACGCUGUGGUACGCAUGCUCCGGGCUGGCUGAACGGUUCACACCCGUCAGUAAGAGAAGGCAUUGUCACUCGUCGAGUUUGCUAUCAUUGGGGUUCCAGAUGUUGCAACUGGAAAAACGAUAUUCAGAUCCAAAAUUGUGGUGCUUUCUACGUGUAUCGGUUGGUUAAGCCCCCUGUGUGCUGGCUGCGUUACUGCGGUAACAAUGCAGGUGAGAUUUAGGUUUUUUUUUUUACUUCUAACCGUUUUUGGAGGCGAUUUUCAUCUAUAGUCAAACCUUCCUAAUGGGAAUUAGUUGAAAGUGGCAAGUGUGUCCGUAUUAUAGAGGCCGAUAGUAUAUAGAGGUGUACGAUUAUGGAGAAGUCUGUACGGAAGUUUUGACGGCUUGGCAUUGUUAUCACACUAAAUGGUUUUGCUUGUUAAAUUUUAAAUCUCUUAGACCUUAAGGAACAAGGGAUAGAAAUGAUCAGCCAGUAAAUUUUGGAUGGCAAAAGAAAUGAAAUUUGAUUGUGAUAUGUCAAUUUCAAAAUCUAGCCAGGGUCAAAAAUGUGGGGAUUAAAAACGUCAAAAGUUUAAAGGAACUUCGAUAGUCUGAACCUGCCUUUGGUUAUUUUAAAGCACUAAACUUUAACGACGAAGCAAAAUGUUUGAGUAUGAUUUGUUUUUAUAUUUAUAAUCUUUUCAGGAACACCUCCACCACCAACAACUACACCACCUCUGCCAACAACCACACCAGGUAUGAAAGAUAGAACAUGUUCUUUCACAAACAAAAUUUUACUUUCAAGACAUAACCUUCAGUUAUUUAAUCUGAGCAUUUUUUUUAUUGAAGAUGUAGAUAUUUGAUUAGUCUUUUGAAGAAUAAAUGUCAGUGAAGGAUCUCUCUGUGUGAAACCCUGUUUUCAGCAAUUUUCGGGAAACGAAAGAGAAAUAUCGGCCUCCACCUGUGUGGCCUGGUUGAAAUCCUGGCGUCAAUUCAUUGUGUGGGUUGAGUUUGUUGUCAGUUUGCUUUCCUGCUUUGGGACGUUUCCACAAAAUACUCGGGUUUUCUUCUCAUACACUUACACAUGCAUGGUUAAGUCUAGUUUUGGUGUGGGCAGUGUCUCCAGGAGUGUCUUGUAUCUGUCAGAUAAACGGUUAACUUGUAACACCAAUGUUGUUGCUUUCUUUGUCGGGCUGAGGUAACGUUAUCCCUUUCCCUCUCUAGCACCAAAUCCGUGCAGCAACUAUCACGUUCUCGACGGUUUCAACCGUAGUGUGGCCAAUACAGAUCAAAGGAACUUGAGAUGUGACCAGAGACACCUGCAUCCUUUGCCAGCUUGGUAUCGCUUCACUGGCGAAGCUGGCGACAGAAUGCCAACAUCCUGUGUACCAAAACGACGCUGUGGUACGCAUGCUCCAGGCUGGCUGAACGGUUCCCACCCAUCAGUAGGAGAAGGCAUUGUUACUCGUCGAGUUUGUUAUCAUUGGGGUUCCAGAUGUUGCAACUGGAAAAACGAUAUUCAGAUCCAAAACUGUGGUGCUUUCUACGUUUAUCGGUUAGUUAAGCCUCCUGUGUGUUGGCUGCGUUACUGCGGUAACAAUGCAGGUGAGAUUUAGUUGUUUCUUUUUUACUUCUAAAUGUUUUUGGAGACGAUUUUCAUCUACAAUCAAAGCUCUCUAAUGUGAAUUAGUUGAAAGUAGCAAGUUUGUCCGUAUAAAGGGCGAUAGUAUAGAGAGGUGUAUGAUUAUGGAGAAGUCUGUAAAGACGUUUUUGACGGAUUGGCAUUGUUAACACACUAAAUCGUUUUGCUUGCUUUUUUGAAUUUUAAAACGAUUAGAUCUUGAGGAACAAGGAAAAACAAAAUGAUUAGCUAUAGUAAGUUUUGCGUGGCAUCGAUAAUUAUACUAACUUUGCCUCCCUCAGUAAGAAAUGGGCUACUUUGGAACAAUGUUGCUCAGAAAAAUAAUUUAAUCUAAACAACUAAAUAAGGUGCAGAUAAGAGACGGGCAGAUGGGGAAAGAAGGACCAAAAGGCAUGCAACUUUCUUGUCAUUGUCAUUUUAGUCCUUUUGUGGACUUUGUCUUUCUUUUGUUUUGUUUUUUUUUUCUUUUUCCUUUGUUUUUUUCCCUUUUGUUAAAAUUUUUAUCUGUUUUAAUGUAAAGUAAAAUAUAGUAAAAUUUAGUAACCGAUAAUUAGACUGAACUGAAAUGAAUUGUAACUGUUUGUAAAGAAUGAAGGAAAGAACCUCAUAGCAAAAAGAGUCAUUCAGUCCGUUGUGAUAGGUCAAAUUAAAAAUCUAGUCAGAGCCAAAAAUAUGUGAAUUAAAAAUGUCCAAAGAUUAAAAGAACUUCAAUAGCCUAAACCUGCUUUUAGUUACUUUAAAGCACUAAACUGUAACAAUGCAAAAUACUUGAGUUUGAUUCGUUUGUAUAUUUGUAAACUUUUCAGGAACACCUGCACCACCAACAACGACACCACCUCUGCCAACAACGACACCAGGUAUGAAAGAUAGAACAUGUUUAUUCACAAACAAAAUUUUACUUUAAAGAUACAACAUUUAGUUAUUUAAUAUGUGUAUUGUUUUGACGAUACAGAUAUUUGAUUUAUCUUGUAAAAGAUUAAAUGUCCGCGAAAGGUCUCUCUUUCUGAAAUCCUGUUUUCAGCAAUGUUCGGGAAAGGAAAGAGAACUAUCGGCCUCCACCAGUGUGGCCUGGUUCAAAUCCUGGCGUCAAUUCAUUGUGUGGAUUGAGUUUGUUUUUAGUUUUCUUCUCUGUUCUGAGAGGUUUUUAAGAUAAGAUAAUUUAUUUAAUGUCAGAUACACAGGGGGUGGUCUCCCAAUCCCCCGAGCCACGGGCUCAUGAUAAAACUGUUUGACAAUAUAAAAGAAACAUUAAUUAAUUAAUAUCUCAAUAGCAACUAAUUAAAUUAAAAAAAAUAAUAACAUCUAUCUAUAAAAAUAAAUCGGGUCAAAGGCAAUUGCUGCAUUGACAGCCGAUAAAAUUUAACUUAGUUAAAAGUCUCCGAAAGGAUGAUGCAUUAGGUGCGUUUUUUACAGACAAUGGUAACUGGUUCCAGAUGUGCGAGAUCGUGUACGCAUAUGAACCAUGAAGGAAUCUACUAUUAUAUGAAAUUUGAACAACAUUCAGACCAUUUCUUCUAAGAUUAUAUGGUGUAUUUCGGGGUUUGAAUAAAUUGGCUACAUAGCCUGGACCAUUCUCCUUGAAACAUUUAAAAAAUAUUAUUAAGGAUUGUUCUAUGCGUCUAUGUUCCAAGGUAUUCAUAUCUGCCAUCCUAAGAAUUAAUUCAUAAUCGGUACUUUUCCCCAUGUUCAUUAUAGUUCGUAGACCAUAAUAGUUCGCAUCUUCCAGUUUCUUGUUAAGUGUUUUACCUAUACCCAAAAGUAAAGAGUUGCAGUAUUCAAAAUGUGAUAACACAAAGCUCUUGUAAAGAAGCAACAUAGUAUUUGCCGGUACUAAACGCUUAAGGCGGCGAAGUGCGCCUAUCUUGGAAUAUACUUUCUUCAGCAUGAUACUUAUAUGUUCCUUAAAAGAUAAUUUGUUAUCUAAACAUAUUCCUAGGAUCUUUAAAUGGUUGUUAAUAUCAAUGGGAGUGCCGGCAAACUCCAGGUCGUAUCGAUAGGAUGAGUUCCCAAGGAUCAUCGCCUGGGUCUUGUCCUCAUCAACCUGUAGAUAGUUAGAGGCAAACCAGGAAGAUAGUUUUUCCAUGUCAUGGUUUAAUAAGUGUUGAGAAACAACUGGGCUAUAAUCCGUAGUAUAUUGAGUUUUAUCGUCUGCAUAGAGGCGGAGCACUUGGAAGAAACGGUGACAGUUUCGUUUAUGUCGCUCAUAAAGAUGUUAAAUAGUAGAGGACUAAGGAGACUUCCCUGUGGAACGCCACAUCGUACCGUUGACCAGCUAGAGCACUUGUUAUUGCAUAUCACCCUUUGCUUGCGGCCAUGCAAGUUUCACAAAAUACCCAGGUUUUCUUCCCUCAUCACACAUUAACACACUCCUGGUUGAAUUCCAAAUUUGAUAUGUACAGUGUCUCCAGUAGUAUUGUUGUAUUUACAGAUAACUGGUUGACUUGUAACAACAGUCUUGUUGCUUUCUUUGUCGGGCUGAGGUAACGUUAUCCCUUCUCUUCUUUAGCACCAAAUCCGUGCAGCAACUAUCACGUUCUUGACGGUUUUAACCGUAGUGUGGCAAAUACAGAUCAAAGGAACUUGAGAUGUGACCAGAGACACCUGCAUCCUUUGCCAGCCUGGUAUCGCUUCAGUGGAGAAGCUGGCGACAAAAUGCCAACAUCCUGUGUACCAAAACGACGUUGUGGUACGCAUGCUCCAGGCUGGCUGAACGGUUCCCACCCAUCAGUAGGAGAAGGCAUUGUUAUUCGUCGAGUUUGUUAUCAUUGGGGUUCCAGAUGUUGCAACUGGAAAAACGAUAUUCAGAUCCAAAACUGUGGUGCUUUCUACGUUUAUCGGUUAGUUAGGCCUCCUGUGUGUUGGCUGCGUUACUGCGGUAACAAUGCAGGUGAGUUUUGCUUUCCUUCUUUGCCUGUUGUUGGAAGAGGUCUUUAAGUUAAGCCAAACCUUCUGGAGGGAAUUAAGGUGGCUGAACACAGUUUUUGGCAGUUUGUGGGUAUAUGUAUUUGCCAAAUUAUGGCAGGAGAAAGGUUGCAUCUCACAAACUGAACCUUGGCAAGUGAAAAAUAUACUGAUAUAAGAUUUUGAUUGGCAGGUAAAAUGUGCCGUUCUCGAUUGAGUACAGCCUUGAAAUUUUAAUUUUGCUCAGUUUACAUAAAAUUCACUCAUUAGAUUUUCCUAUAAACUUGCACACAACAUACGAUAAUCAUUACCAUUUGAAAUUUAUUUGAUAAAGUCUUAACAGACGGAUUUUUAGAUAAUUAAUUAUAUAAUUGUACUGUAAUUACUAAAUGUGUUACAAAAUUUGUCUGUUCAACUUCAUUUCUAACGUUCUCAUUAUUUGGAAUACGAUAAAAGUAAGAAUUCUGCUAAAUAUCUCAAAAAUUUUAAUGAGUAGAAGAAUGAGAAAUCGUCUUCUGUGUACCAUUGCUAUUUUCGCCGCCAUGUUUGUUUGUGUAAUUUAAAACACACGCUGUCACGUGAGUUACCGCUGACGGCCCGCAACUCUGUGUUCAGCCACCUUAAUUGAAGGGACAGAACCAAGUUCAUCAAGGGUGGUAUUUAAGACGUUUGUUAUCUGCCGAACCAAGAUAACUGUCCGCGAUGGAGACUCAAAGGGAUUCAGGUGCUAUAUAUAUAGAAUAAGGAAAAACCUAAACCUUGUAGACGUUUUCAAAAAAGGAAAACUAUUACGGGGUUUCGAUGAUCUAAAACCACUGUUUCUUAUUUCAAACUUUUUAUUGCGCUAUUGUACAUAGGCACCAUACUUUAAUAUCUUACGUCUGCAAUGUUUUUCAGGAACGCCUCCACCACCGACAACGACACCACCUCUACCAACAACAACACCAGGUAUAAAGGACAUGAUAUGGUCUCACAGAAACAACACUAUACCUUUUUUAAUAAAGGCCACAACAUUCUGUUGCUAGUACAAAUUUAUAGUUUAUCAUGUGCAUAUUUGACUAAUCAUUUAAAGAAUAAGCGUAGGUUUAAGCUAUCUCUGUUUUAGUCUAGUUUUUCUCCGGCCUUUUUCGGGGGAUCAGGGUUGGUUGUUGUGAAAGAUUGCUGUGCCCCAGAAUAAAAUCUCGGUGCCCACGCCAUACGUAAAUUGAGUUUGUUGUUGGGUCUCCUCUCUGAUUCCAGAGGUUUUUCUUUGUAUACUCCGGUCCCUACUUUCCUAAACCAGCUUUUCAAAAUUGAAAUUCCAUCUGAAAAGAGCUUCUAGGUAAACGAGAGUACCAAGAAAAAAUAGAUUUCUCAUUGUGCGAAUUUGGAGCUGAAUCUUUUUUUGCGAGGUACCAAAAUUAAAGUAGCUGUCGAUGAAACGUUUCUUGGCGUGAUUCCAGACAGGCUUCUUGACUGGUCUAAUCAUAUUUAAUUAUACGAUCACUACAUUAAUUUCGAGGUUCAGCCUACUUAAGAGGGCGAAAAAAUACCUGCCUCUUCUGCUUAGGAAAUUAUUUUACAAUGCUUUGAUUACGUCAAUAUUAGAAUAUUGCUGCUCUGUGUGGGGAAACACUACGAAUGAUAAUUUAAUAAGGCUCCUCAGAAUUCAAAAAUGUUGAGCAAGGUUAAUUUUGGACACAAACAUUUAUGCCAGCUCAGUUGAUCCUUAUAACAAGCUGGGCUGGAUCCCAAUUGAUCAUACCAUAGAAUUUAGGAAACUUUUUAUUAUUUUUAAUAUUAUGCUUAAUGUCAUGAUUAUUUCGAUCAUUAUAUUUGCUACGUACAUACCAGACAUAAUUACGGAACUAGAGCGUCAGCUAGUAUGGAAAUAUCUGUCGCUUUUUUAAUACCAAGACUGGUGAACGUACAUUUCUUGCAAGUGGUCCCAGACUUUGCAAUAACCUAGCUAGAAACAUUAGGGGUGGGUCUAAGUUAUAGGCCCAAAUUUAUAAGUGAAUUACAUAAACAGUUUAUUUGACCGUAAUUUUGAAAAUGACCAUUUUAGCAUUAACUUAUAAUGUCUUUAUAUUAUUACUGAUUUGUUAUCUCUUUUCUGACGUUUUUAUUGCUUUUGUUGUUUUGUACUUUUUCAUAUUUUUAUUUUUGUAUCUGGACCACAAUGAAACUAAUAGAAUUUCCAGUAAUUGUAUUAUCUCUUAAAAUCCUUAUUAUUACUUUUAAUUACUUUUAAGAUGGCUGCAGGUUUAACAGUUCUUAGAAAUCCGAAUAUUACCAUCAAUAAAGUUAGUUUGUAUUUAUUUAUUUGUUUUAUUCUGUUAUGGUUCAUGUAUAUUGUUGCCGAUUUUUUUAAUUAUUAAUAAACGUUUUAUUUGUUAUCUUGGUCUUGCUGCUUCCACCAGCGAGUGGACUGAAAUCUUCACUAUUUCUCUUUAGCACCAAAUCCAUGCAGCAACUAUCAUGUUCUUGACGGGUUUAACCGUAGUGUGGCAAAUACAGAUCAAAAGAACCUGAGAUGUGACCAGAGACACCUGCAUCCUUUGCCAGCCUGGUAUCGCUUCACUGGCGAAGCUGGCGACAGAAUGCCAACAUCCUGUGUACCAAAACGACGUUGUGGCACGCAUGCUCCGGGCUGGCUGAACGGUUCCCACCCAUCAGUAGGAGAAGGCAUUGUUACUCGUCGAGUUUGUUAUCAUUGGCGUUCUAGAUGUUGCAACUGGAAAAACGAUAUUCAGAUCCAAAACUGUGGUGCUUUCUACGUGUAUCGGUUAGUUAAGCCUCCUGUUUGUUGGCUGCGUUACUGCGGUGAUAAUGAAGGUGAGCUUUUUUUUCCCCUUCUCAUGUUUUUGGGACAACUAUUAUUGAAGGUGCACCAUACAAAAGCUGCCCAUGCAAGAGUUUGGUUAACUUUGUUUAAAUUUUACUUGAGGACACCUUUGGCGAAAAUUUGGAUUAUCGUUGGUGUGGGUCAAAACCUUUGCCGUUCUUCUAUUGCUUCGGACUUAAUCCUUUACGCUGAAGCAUUUUGUUCUGUCCUCUGUAAUGUUCUGCUAGCGCUUGUGAUAUUAACAAUUUGUGAAUCUGGUAAACAGGCAAAUGAGGUGCUUUUGGCUGCUUAAGAAAUCUCAGCUUGGUUUUGGGUGAAUUUGUUUAUAGGCCGUGUUUCAGCAAAUUAUCAGCAAAAAUUGUUUCUUCUUUGGGAUUGCGUCAUUAAUGUGCGGAAAACUCAAACAAAAACAAACAACGAUGGCUCUAAACAAUGCAGUAGCCUGAGAAUACCGCCCAUGAUAUUUCCCGACGCCAUCAUUGCUGCUUUCCCUUCAUUUCGACCAUCAGAAGUACUACACAGAUCUGACACAUCAUCACCAUGGAGUUUCUACAUUCCUUAGGGAAACCACUGGAAACGUCGCGAAAUGACGAGUAUUUCCUGUAGCUGUAAACACUGGUGGACCAUGAUAAUAUAGAAUCCAUGCUAUGAAUUCAAAAAAAAUAUGUCAUUGUCUUUUUUCUUUUCUUUACUUGUUUAUUUUUUAUUUGGGAAUAAACGGGGAACAAUUUCUUCACCUCUGCAAUUCACUGCUUUUAGUUUAAAAUCGAAUUUUAAUGCUUCUCAUGAUAGGAAUAAAUUAAUGUAACACUCUGUAUGUUAUGCCUUUCCUUUCAGGCCUCACAACGACACCACCAUCACCAACCUCACCCACUCCACCAGGUACGAAAAUUACU